UAUUUGAUGUUCUAGAUGUUAACGACAAUGCACCAGUUAUAAAUAUCAUGUCAUUUUCCAGUCCCAUUUCUGAGGAUGCCCUUCCUGGUACUACAAUCGCUAUUUUAAACAUAAAAGAUCCAGACUCUGAAAAAAAUGGGCGAAUAAAAUGUUCAAUAGAUGGUAAACUUCCUUUUAAGAUAGAAUCUUCUCUAACCAAUUAUUACAAUUUGAUCUCAGAUCAACACUUUGAUAGAGAAUCAGUCUCAGAGUAUAAUAUAACAAUAACAGCCACUGACAUGGGCUCUCCCCCACUUUCUAGCAACAAAAUUUACAUCUUAAACUUUACCGAUGUAAAUGAUAAUGCACCAUUAUUUAAUCAAAAUAGUUACUCAGCUUACAUAACAGAGAACAAUUCACCUGGAGCGACUAUAUUUGCUGUCAGCGCACAGGACUCAGAUUGGAAUCAAAACGCCAGAAUUUCUAUCUUUAGAGAAACACAAGUCAGUGGAAGUCCAGUUUCUACUUAUGUGUCUUUAAACUCUGAAACUGGAGUUCUAAGUGCAAUUCGUUCUUUUGAUUAUGAGCAAAUUAAACAACUUCAGCUGGUAGUCAAAGCUCAGGAUGGAGGCUCUCCUCCACUUAGUAGCAACGUGACUGUGAAAAUACUGAUCCAGGACCAGAACGACAACCCUCCUCAGGUCCUGUACCCAGUCCAGACUGGUGGCUCUCUGGUGGCUGAGAUGGUGCCUCGUUCAGCAGAUGUGGGCUAUCUGGUCACUAAAGUGGUGGCUGUUGAUGUGGACUCUGGACAGAAUGCCUGGCUCUCCUAUAAACUGCAGAAAGCCACAGACAGGGCGCUGUUUGAAGUGGGCUUACAGAAUGGAGAAAUAAGAACUAUCCGCCAGGUCACUGAUAAAGAUGCUGUGAAACAAAGACUGACUGUUAUAGUGGAGGACAACGGGCAGCCCUCUCGUUCAGCUACAGUCAUUGUUAACGUGGUGGUGGCUGACAGCUUCCCGGAAGUGCUGUCUGAGUUCACUGACUUUACACAGGACAAGGAGUACAAUGACAACCUGACUUUUUACUUAGUGCUGGCUCUGGCUGUAGUGUCCUUCCUCUUCAUCACGUGUGUAGUGGUUAUUAUAUCAGUGAAGAUCUACAGGUGGAGACAGUCUCGCAUCAUGUUUCACUCCAAUCUCCCUGUGAUUCCAUAUUAUCCUCCACGUUACUCAGACACUUUGGGGACAGGGACUCUCCAACACGUGUACAACUACGAGGUGUGCAGGACGACUGACUCCAGAAAGAGUGACUGUCAGUUCGGCACAGCCGGUCGUCAGAACGUGCUGAUAAUGGACCCCAGUUCUACAGGGACGAUGCAACGGAUACAGAGUGAAAAGAGCAUCCUGGAUGAACCUGACUCUCCUCUAGAG